UCAAUGUGUUUUCUCGGGAUGGAUAUGGAUUCUACGCUUUUUAUUUGUUAGAUUAGUUUAAGUCAAUCCAAAAUACCGGAGAUAUCUAACAGGAAAUAGUUUGAUAAAAGAAACAAUUUAUAACUAAGCUCAAAUUUAAGAUGUCUUCUGGAAGACCUAUUAAGUGUGUGGUAGUUGGUGAUGGAACAGUGGGGAAGACUUGUAUGCUAAUAUCUUACACGACCGACAGCUUUCCCGGAGAAUAUGUACCUACUGUAUUUGACAACUAUUCAGCUCCUAUGGUGGUGGAUGGUGUUGCUGUGUCGUUAGGGUUGUGGGAUACAGCUGGUCAAGAAGACUAUGAUAGACUGCGCCCAUUAAGUUAUCCUCAGACAGAUGUGUUUCUGAUUUGUUUUAGUGUUACAAGUCCUUCAUCAUAUGAGAAUGUGACCUCGAAAUGGUAUCCAGAAAUUAAACAUCACUGUCCCGAUGCCCCUAUUAUUUUGGUUGGUACAAAAAUAGAUUUAAGGGAUGACCGUGAAACUUUGAGUUUGCUCUCAGAGCAAGGAAUGUCACCACUGAAAAGGGAACAAGGACAAAAGCUCGCAAAUAAAAUAAGAGCUGUAAAAUAUAUGGAGUGCUCAGCAUUGACUCAACGUGGGCUUAAGCAGGUGUUUGACGAAGCUGUUCGUGCUGUAUUAAGACCAGAGCCUCAGAAAAGACAUCAAAGGAAGUGUCUGAUCAUGUAAAUAUGAUGCACAAAACGGCAAAAUAAUGUCACAUUUAUAUGCAGGAAUCUCAAGGUGACAGUAAUAAUGUGUUUCUAUACCAAUUUAAAAACAUUAAAAAACCUUGAUUUACAAAUAUUACAAUGGAAAUUAUGUAGAUAUGAUUUUUUCUUCUAAUGUUAUGUGCCAUACUGAUUCCAGGUUUACAAAGUGAUCAUCACAAUAUACUUAUGUACAUCUUUAAUACUUGUAUACAUAUAUGUGUAUAUUCAUUUCUGUCUUAAAUAUGCCAAAGAUAUAUGACUAGGUAUAAGUUUGAUUUGUAAUUUAAUGUUAAAUAACUGGACCCAUGGUUGGAAACAAAUUGUUACUGUGAAUAUUAUUGAGUGACAAUGUUAUUUUUGUAUAAUUACACUUAUGAACCUCAAUGAUGAUAUUCAAAGGUUUUUGAAAAAUAUUCAUGAUAUUAUGUAAUUUUUGAAUAAGGACUGAUAAUAGAUGCUAGUAAAAUAUUGAUAUUGUAAACAAACACAAAUAGUAACCUUCAUUAGUUGCAUUAAUGAUUUCUUUACAUGUAAUCAAAAUCAGCAGCAUUUAAUAGCAUUUUAAAGCUUUAAGUUUUGUGAUUAAAAGGUGACACAAAUUUUGGAUAUUUUAUAGAAAAGACUUACAACUGUUAUACAUCUUAAAUUCCACUAAAUAAUGUGUACUGUGACAAAUUUAAACCAUCAAUAAUUUAAGUUUUUUUAAGAUGUAUAGAUUGUAAAGUUGGUUUAAACUUAUAUUUAUUCUAGUAUUUUGUCUCAUUUUCUCGAAUUUUGUAUUGAAUUUAUUCAUAUUGCCUAUGCUGGCAAAUGAUGUAUUGUGUGUUUUAUAGCGAUUUAUUAGGGUGAAUAUUUUUGUAUGUAAGCUUAGGUUGAAUAAGUGCGAUAAAUGCAACGCAACGAUUAUUGUUCUUUAGAUAUAUUAUAGAUUGCUUUGUAUUACAGGUGAUGCUUCAAAAUAAUAUAUUUGUAUAUAACUUCAAUUAUUUAUAUUGUAAGAACAAAUGCGCAAUCUAACGAUAUUAUAAACUUGUGUAACUGCACUUUAUAAAUUAUUG